AUGGCUGGGUCUGCAAUAUAUAGUCCCCUCGAAGAAGGACCAUAUGGACCUUCUUUCCGACUCCUGACUCUCCAUCCGGCCCAGGAGUCAACCGAUCCGUUGCACUGCACAGUCGUGGAACAAUCCCUCCUCAAUUGCGACGACUAUGAAGCCCUUUCUUACUGUUGGGGCGAUGCCACAGACAAAUUACCCAUCUCCUGCAAUGGCGAGCCUUUCGCGGCCACGCGCAGCCUAGAGACGGCGUUGCGACACCUCCGCUACGAAGACGAAGACCGCUGCUUGUGGAUCGACGCGAUGUGUAUCAAUCAGGAUGAUAUAUCUGAAAGAAACACCCAAGUGCUCCUCAUGCGAUCGAUAUACCGGAACGCCAGCAGAGUGAUAGUCUGGCUUGGCGAAGACGAACAUGACAGCCAGGUUGUCUUCCCUCUCUGCCAAAGAAUGUAUGAAGAGCACAGCGACUUGUACAACGAAAUGGAUUAUGCGAUGUUAUGGGGGCGUGAUAGAGAAGAUCGUAUCAAACAGAAGUUAGAGGAGCACCGCCUAAGGACAGCAGAUGAUGAAGAGCCCCGAGAUGGAGAUGACACAGCCAGUCAGCCGGACUCUGAUGACGACGAUGGUGCCACUGAUUCUGGAUUCCACACAUUCCUGCGCUUCCUUCGGCGCCCCUGGUUCCAGCGUUGUUGGGUGGUCCAGGAGUUGUGUCUUGCCCAAGAGGUGUUUGCCAUGUGCGGCCCCAGGCUCAUGCCUUGGGACAUCUUCUUCGCCGGAUAUUACCUGUGUCUACUCACCAGCAAGAAUGCUCUCACGGGCCGCCCAGAGCAGAUCAUACGUGGCAACUUCCUGGCCGCCACAUCUCUCAGGCUCGCAAUGACUCGAGCCCGCGACGGUACAACAACCGUGGAUCUGCCAGAUCUAUUGGGCCUCUUGUGGUCGACAAGAUCUCUGGAAGCGACAGACCCACGAGACAAGGUCUACUCGCUUCUUGGUCUGAUCCCGGAGACUGAAGCGGAUGCAAUGAGUAUAUUGCCCGAUUACGCUGCGUCUGUUGAGGAGUGCUACCUGCAAGCAGCCACGAAGAUCAUCUGGCACAGCAAAACCUUGGAUAUACUGACGACCGAUCGCAUGAAGAAUCCGCAUCAUCAAUUGGACUUGCCAAGUUGGGUGCCUAACUGGAGCUAUCUCUCAUCACCAGCUCCGGUUAGCAUCCUCGGCGAGAUCGAGUCUUGGCUGGUAGAUUUGGAGUCUGACCCUGAACCAUUAUCAAGGCAGUAUCGCGCCUCCGGUUCUGCUAGCCACUGCACACCUGAGCUGGUUGGUACUCGAACUCUUCGUCUAUCUGGUUACAUCCUCGAUUCCAUUGCCAAGAUGGAAACGGUUCUUACCGUCCCACAAGGUGACAAUGAGACUCUGGCAGCAAACAUGACCUCGAUCCGCAGCGGAAGCUCGUUCCUCGCCAAUCUAUUCACUGGCCUUGGCUCUUAUUUCGAAACAUUGGUAAAGUGGGAGCAUCUGGCCAUGGACAAGAAGUACGAUCCGUAUCCGACGGGCGAGUCGGCCGAGGAAGCGUUUGCAUCAACCAUGUCUGUUGGGAGCAUACAGGAUGGGCCAAUAACACUGGAGCAGUUCGAGACGUGGCGCACGACUCUACGCUGGCCCAGGAAGCUCAUGAAGCUACGAUAUGUCGGCGCGCAUUACCUCGGGGCGGCCUACAAAAUACCCCUCGCUGCUGUGGGAAUGCUGACUUCGAAGGCCAGAGGAGACCGCACAUUCUCAACUGCGACCGAGUUCACACUGUAUCGUCGGUUGGCGAGGACGAAGAUGGGAUAUCUUGCAGUUGUUCCAGCGGAGAGUUGCCCUGGCGAUCCCGUGGCGUUAUUCGAGGGUUGCAAGACGCCGCUGAUUCUGAAGGAAAAGGGGAACCAAUGGGAGCUAGUUGGGCCAGCAUAUGUUCAUGGUGUGAUGCAAGGUGAAGCAUGGGAUGAUAAACGGUGUGUGAGCAUUGAUCUUGUGUGA